AUGGAGGCGUACUGCAAUGCAGUGUGUCACCUCGAGGACAAGUUCGACGGGCUCGAGCUUAACCACAUCCCGCGCAAGUGCAACGAGGAAGCGGACGAACUGGCCAAAAUUGCGUCCGGGCGGACCGCCGUUCCACUGAACGUCUUCGCCCGCGACCUCGCCAAGCCAUCCGUCGACUUCAAGAACCCUGCGAAAGCCAUCGGAGCGGCACCCGAACCCUCAGGGGCUGCAACCACGGAGCCAUCAGCCAAAGACCCCUCGAUGGAGGAGUCUGAGGCCAUGGACACUUUCAUUGAGACCUCCUCAGUGGACGAGGCUGAAGCAAUGGAGAUCGACGAGGCCCCACCUCCACGAGAUUGGCGCACCCAGUACCUUCACUGGAUGAUUCGAGGGGUCCUACCCUCGGAUCGCGCUCAGGCACGAUGCAUCGCUAGGCGGGCCAAGUCCUUCGUUCUAAUCGACGAUGAACUGUAUAAGCGCAGUCCCUCGAGCGUCCUGCAAUGA